AUGUCCUGCCCAACCCCCAGUAGCUCUUGUAUCUGUAGCAAUCUUCUCCUAAUUGGCGAGCAGGACAUACGCAAGGUCAACUUUACAUGGCUGCUCUAUAUGCAGUCCAUCCAACUGAUCCACUGCAUCGGCACUGUCACGACGCACCACCUUGCUGCUUCUUUCUACUAUUACCGCUGCCAGUUCGUCCUUGGUUUUGGUCCAAAAUUGCGAUCUCUGCGCGAUAUCAAGUACGCUCUCCGGCGACCAUCGUAA